AUGUCCAUUAUUUUCUCUCCCAGUCUGCGCUGCCAACUGCCCAUUCUCUUGACCAUUCUUCAAGGGGCAUUCAUAGCAGUCUUCCUGCUGUUUGUGAACUAUGAAGACCACUCAAACAGCUCUGUAGCCAAUGUAACAGCAGCAAGAGAAGAUCACCAGAGCACCAUCUUUCUUUUUUUUAAAGAUGUUAACUUCAUGCUGUUUGUGGGACUGGGUCUCAUGCUGUCAUUUCUUAAGUUUUAUGGCUUCGGUGGAAUUGCCUUGAACUUUUUGAUAGCAAAUGCCUCAAUCCAGUGGUCCAUGGUCGUGCAAGGCUUCUUCUACCACUACAGACAUGGGAAGAUCCACUUAAGGCUAGAACAUUUGCUUGAUGCCGAGUUUGCAGCAGUCACAGCUCUUAUCUCAGCUGGAGCUGUUUUGGGGAGGACCAGUCCUGUUCAGCUUAUCCUGCUUUCUGUGAUUGAAAUCCCUCUCUUUGUGGUUAACAACUGGCUUAUCAACACAUAUUUCCAUAUUAUUGAUGUAGGAGGUACAGUUGCCAUCCACAUCUUUUCAUGCUACUUUGGCUUGGGUGUUUCACAAAUUUUGUACAAAGCUGAGCUGCGAAGGGGUCACAUAAAAGAGGCCACAACACCAAACUCUGAUCUACUUUCCCUCCUUGGUACCAUCUGUCUGUGGAUUUUCUGGCCAAGCUUCAAUUCUGUACUGGCCAAAACUGCAAACGCUCAACAUCGUGCCAUCAUCAAUACAUUCCUUGCCCUGAGCUCUAGUACAAUAACCACAUUUGCUCUGUCCAGCCUGAUGGAUAAAAGGGGUCGGAUAAGUCUAGUACAUCUUCAAAAUGCAUCCUUGGCAGGAGGAGUGGCUAUCGGAAUUUCAGCAGAUCUGAUUAGCCCAGGUGGGGCAUUUGCCGUAGGAUGUCUGGCCUCAAUUGCCUGCACGCUAGGCUUUCAGUACUUAAGUCCUUUCUUGGCCAAGAAGGUUAAGGUACAAGACCAAUGUGGAAUCCAUAACUUACAUGGUCUGCCAGGGAUAAUUGGCACUCUAGCAAGCAUUGUGGUCAUAUUGCUUGGACCUGUUGAUACAUAUGGCUCCAGUCUGCAUGAGAUUUUCUAUAAUAGUGAUCCAGAGGGAAAACCUAUUUUGGGUGUUCUAGAAAAUGGAGAUACCUGGAUGGCAAAGAACCAAGCUCUGCAGCAGGCUGCAGCCCUUGGAGUAACUUUUGGGAUAUCACUAUGCGGGGGUUAUCUAACUGGAUUCCUGCUGAAACUGCCCUGUUUUUUUCAACCUUCUAAAGACUUCUUCUUCGAUGACCAGUUAUACUUCAAAGUUUCAGAAGACAAAGGAAACAAAUGGAUUUUAAAUGACAACUCCAAACUCCUGUUACCACUGAAACAUAUAUAGCAGUCAUCUAUGAUUUCAGGAACGCACAGCAGUCACUUGUGACCUGGAGUCUUCCCAGUUUAUGUUAUAACUGAUUAAUGUCCACACAAAGGCGGACUCCUUUUUGCUAACAUGAAAUUAGGAUUGCAGCAUUAAUAGUAACUGCAGAUUGGAAACAAAAUGAAAGCAUGAGAUACUGUACACUGGAGGGCUUAUGUGGACACCUGUUAUGUUU